UUUACGGCCUGGAUGAGUCUGACCUGGACAAGGUCUUCCACUUGCCCACUACCACUUUCAUCGGAGGACAGGAGUCGGCACUUCCUCUGCGGGAGAUCAUCCGUCGGCUGGAGAUGGCCUACUGCCAGCACAUUGGGGUGGAGUUCAUGUUCAUCAACGACCUGGAGCAGUGCCAGUGGAUCCGGCAGAAGUUUGAGACCCCCGGGAUCAUGCAGUUCACGAAUGAGGAGAAACGGACCCUGCUGGCCAGGCUUGUGCGGUCCACCAGGUUUGAGGAGUUCCUGCAGCGGAAGUGGUCCUCCGAGAAGCGCUUUGGUCUGGAAGGCUGCGAGGUACUGAUCCCUGCCCUCAAGACCAUCAUCGACAAGUCGAGUGAGAACGGAGUGGACUACGUGAUCAUGGGCAUGCCACACAGGGGACGGCUGAAUGUGCUUGCCAAUGUCAUCAGGAAGGAGCUGGAGCAGAUUUUCUGUCAGUUUGAUUCCAAGCUGGAGGCAGCCGAUGAGGGCUCUGGAGACGUGAAGUACCACCUGGGCAUGUAUCACCGGAGGAUCAACCGAGUGACUGACAGGAACAUCACCCUGUCUCUGGUGGCUAACCCUUCCCACCUUGAGGCCGCCGAUCCCGUGGUGAUGGGCAAGACCAAAGCUGAGCAGUUUUACUGUGGGGAUACCGAAGGGAAAAAGGUCAUGUCCAUCCUACUGCAUGGGGAUGCUGCCUUUGCCGGCCAGGGCAUUGUGUACGAGACCUUCCAUCUCAGCGACCUGCCAUCCUACACGACUCACGGCACUGUGCACGUGGUUGUCAACAAUCAGAUCGGCUUCACCACAGACCCGCGGAUGGCCCGCUCCUCCCCCUACCCCACCGACGUGGCCCGCGUGGUGAAUGCCCCCAUUUUCCACGUGAACUCAGACGACCCUGAGGCUGUCAUGUACGUGUGCAAGGUGGCAGCUGAGUGGAGGAGCACCUUCCACAAGGACGUGGUUGUCGAUUUGGUGUGUUACCGGCGCAAUGGCCACAAUGAGAUGGAUGAGCCCAUGUUCACGCAGCCGCUCAUGUACAAGCAGAUCCGCAAGCAGAAGCCCGUGCUGCAGAAGUACGCAGAGCUGCUAGUGUCCCAGGGCGUGGUCAACCAGCCUGAGUAUGAGGAGGAAAUCUCCAAGUACGAUAAGAUCUGUGAGGAAGCUUUCGCCAGAUCUAAAGACGAGAAGAUCCUGCACAUCAAACACUGGCUGGACUCCCCCUGGCCUGGCUUCUUCACCCUGGAUGGGCAGCCCAGGAGCAUGUCCUGCCCCUCCACAGGCCUGACUGAGGAUGUCCUGACGCACAUCGGCAACGUGGCCAGCUCCGUGCCCGUGGAGGACUUCACCAUUCACGGAGGGCUGAGCAGGAUCUUAAAAACUCGCGGAGAGCUGGUGAAGAACCGGACUGUGGACUGGGCUCUGGCUGAGUAUAUGGCAUUUGGCUCUCUCCUGAAGGAAGGCAUACACAUCCGGCUGAGUGGCCAGGACGUGGAGCGGGGCACGUUCAGCCACCGCCACCACGUACUCCACGACCAGAAUGUGGAUAAGAGAACCUGCAUCCCCAUGAACCACCUCUGGCCCAAUCAGGCACCCUACACCGUGUGUAACAGCUCGCUGUCAGAGUAUGGCGUCCUGGGCUUUGAGCUGGGCUUUGCCAUGGCCAGCCCCAAUGCCCUGGUCCUCUGGGAGGCCCAGUUUGGCGAUUUCCACAACACAGCUCAGUGCAUCAUCGACCAAUUCAUCUGCCCAGGGCAGGCCAAGUGGGUGCGGCAGAAUGGCAUUGUGCUGCUGCUGCCUCAUGGCAUGGAGGGCAUGGGUCCAGAGCAUUCCUCCGCCCGCCCAGAGCGGUUCCUGCAGAUGUGCAACGAUGACCCAGACGUCCUGCCAGACCUCACGGAAGCCAACUUUGACAUCAAUCAGCUGUACGACUGCAACUGGGUUGUUGUCAACUGCUCCACCCCUGGCAACUUCUUCCAUGUGCUGCGACGCCAGAUCCUGCUGCCCUUCCGAAAGCCGUUAAUCAUCUUCACUCCAAAGUCCCUGCUGCGCCACCCUGAGGCCAGAACCAGCUUUGACGAGAUGCUUCCAGGAACCCACUUCCAGCGAGUGAUCCCAGAAGAUGGCCCUGCAGCUCAGGACCCAGAGAGCGUCAAGAGGCUUCUCUUCUGCACUGGCAAGGUGUACUAUGACCUCACACGAGAGCGCAAGGCGCGGGGCAUGGUGGAGCAGGUGGCCAUCACAAGGAUAGAGCAGCUGUCACCAUUCCCCUUCGACCUCCUGCUGAAGGAGGUGCAGAAGUACCCCAGUGCCGAGCUGGCCUGGUGCCAGGAGGAGCACAAGAACCAAGGCUACUACGACUACGUGAAGCCCAGACUCCGGACCACCAUCAGCCGUGCCAAGCCCGUCUGGUAUGCUGGCCGGGACCCAGCAGCUGCUCCAGCCACUGGCAACAAGAAGACCCACCUGACAGAGCUGCAGCGCCUCCUGGACACAGCCUUCGACCUGGAUGCCUUCAAGAACUUCUCGUAGACAUGGCCAGGGGCUGCUUGGGUCGCUGCCCUCUCCACGCUACGACCACCCCUCGCUUCUCAACUAAAGAUUAGAGCCUCAGCGCCGCCCAUGCCUCUCUCCCUCCCACUGUGCCGCACACGUCCCCACUUUCAUAGGAAUUAGGCUGUUCUCCCCUCGAUUGCUUGGCUGCCACGCAGGCCAGAUGUUGCCCAGGCUCUGUCGACUUCUGUCAUGCUGAGCAGCUUUCAUAGAGGCCAUGGGGAGUGGUAAGAGGAAAGGAAGCCCCCACAGGAUGUCCUUGGAGAGGGUCACCUCUGGCCAGGCCUCUUCCUGCCAACAUCACCUCCCAGGGCAUGGUCUGGUCCUUGUGACUGCCCGGUGUGCUCACAGUCCUUGUCACCCAGCAAGGCACCAGCAUCUUGCAGCUGGGCUAGGGUAGCCUCAUCUUCUUGGGGCUGAGCCUUAGAAUUGGUGUUGGCGGGGAGCCUGGACCUGGAUCUAGCCAUAGCUGGCAGAAGGUACCCUCUGCUGUGGAAUGACCUUAGCCUGACCUGGCACAGAGAACACAGGUUUGGUCUCUGCAAUGUCCAUUCUCUGCUGCCCCUUUGAGGGUCCCAGGCUGUGCGUGGGAGCUGAGCAUACCCGGCCCACCCUGUCUGGGGUCCAGCAGCACUGAAGCCCACAGGGCCUGUGCAUGGCCAGGAAGCCCCACUCAGGUUCCUGCACCGGGGCGCUGGCUGCUCCGUAUCAGUCCUGCUGACCCUCCACCUACCCCUGCCUCCCUUGGCACCCCAUCACUCUUCUUUCUUUCUGCUAUUUCCUUUUAACCCAAUGGAGACUUUGUGAUGCAUCAUUUUCUUUGCUGUGCCAAAGCAGGUCAGAAGAUGGAGAGGAGGGGUGGGGGCAAGGGGGAGGGCGUGGCCAAGGGGCCAGCUGCCCUUCAUCCAUCACUUUGACCUUCACAGGGACGGAUAUGAUUUAUUUAUUUUGGUUAAAAAAAAAAAGAACAAAAACAACUUUGCAUUGCAUUGGCUUGACCCAUAAACUAAGUUAUCCGUGGUU